UGGGAGCGAGCGAGCGAGCGAGCGAGCGAGCGAGGAGAGUUGGCGACACCGGAGCCGGGGGGUGUGGGUGUCCGAGAGAGACCAGGCACCGGCGGAGGCUGUGGGGGCAAGCGGAGCCCGAGCCAGAGCCCCGGGGUCGGCUGUCGGGCGCUGCCUGCCUUCUCCCUCGCUGCCAGACCCCCCUCCGCGUCCGGCCGGAUCCGGGAGGGCUUCAGUUCCUCGGGGCGAGCUCCGUGAUCAAACUGGGAUCUAUGAGUGGCAAGGUGAUGAAACCCAAGGAAGAGAAAGAUGCUUCGAAGGCGCUGGAUGACGCUACCCCUGGCACACAGGAAUACAUUAUGUUACGGCAAGAUUCCAUCCAGUCAGCGGAAUUAAAGAAAAAAGAGUCCCCCUUUCGUGCUAAGUGUCACGAAAUCUUCUGCUGCCCACUGAAGCAAGUGCACCUCAAAGAGAACACAGAGCCGGAAGAGCCCCAACUUAAGGGUAUAGUUACAAAGCUAUACAGCAGGCAAGGAUACCACCUGCAGCUGCAGGCAGAUGGAACAGUUGAUGGGACAAAAGAAGAAGACAGUACCUACACACUGUUUAACCUCAUACCUGUGGGGUUACGGGUGGUGGCCAUUCAAGGAGUUCAAACAAAAUUAUAUCUGGCGAUGAACAGCGAGGGAUACCUGUACCCAUCGGAACAUUUCACCCCUGAAUGCAAGUUCAAAGAAUCAGUAUUUGAAAAUUAUUAUGUGACAUAUUCAUCAAUGAUCUACAGACAACAGCAGUCGGGCAGAGGAUGGUAUUUGGGGCUUAACAAAGAAGGAGAAAUAAUGAAAGGAAACCAUGUGAAGAAAAAUAAGCCGGCAGCGCACUUCCUUCCCAAACCACUGAAAGUGGCUAUGUACAAAGAACCAUCCCUUCACGAUCUCACUGAAUUCUCCAGAUCUGGAAGUGGUACCCCCACCAAAAGCCGCAGUGUCUCCGGAGUGUUAAAUGGAGGUGGAAAAUCCAUGAGUCCUAAUGAAUCAACGUAGCCAGGUUAAGGCAAGUCCAAGUGCUCUAUACUGGAACCUUACCUCCGGAUGCAGUUGAAUUCUUAAUGGCGGUCUUUCAUCCAAAUGGCCAAUUUUAGAAUAAACCCCACCAAAUAUGCAUAGGUUUCCCCCCUCCUUCCCUUUUAUCAUCCACUAUAUCUGCUGGCUAGCAGUGGAUAUAGUCCAGUAAUCCAGAAAAUGAUGUGCUCGUGCAUAUCACAAGGCCCAGGUUAGCAGACAAAACCCAAUCUUUGGGGGGGAAAAAUUGGACAGUCAAUAUCCACAUCCCCUUUUCCCAUAGCCUCUCAUCCUGUCCCCUUCCCCACCCCCGGGGUUACCUAUGCUUGGUGGAAAACCAAACCAAACCAAACCAAACAACACUUAACAGCACAUACUGCUGAUAUGAAUUUGCUUUGUUAACCAAGGGGGAAAAAAAAAGACCAUUUUUAUUCUUCGAGGGGAUUCUCAAAACUUUCCACUUUUAUUGGGUCAAACCAAUCAAUUUAACCAUUAAUCAGUUUUCUUGUCUUUUUUCUUUGCUUACUGUUUUAUAUCUACGCUUGAUAAAACUCUUUCUUUAAUUUAAAGUAGCGCAACCUUUUUUUUUUAAUUUCCAAAUUCAAAUGGUUCUCUCGCUCUGCGUCUUUCAAAUCAAACUCUACUUCAGGGUUGGAACUGAGUCGGCAUCUCAGGCUUAAGUUUUCUGUGGUGAUUUUGACACAUGAUGAUCAAUACAUUUUUAUAGGUUUGUUUAGCCCCCUGGUCAAGUUUUUGUGUUGACCCUCAUGUGUAGAAAUCUUGUCACCCCCUGGUCAGUGGAAGAUAACAUUAAGGUUAACAGCAAUCCGCCAGUGUAGACAUAUGUAAACAUGUGCAAAACAAUUAUCGUGGCUUCUAUUCUAAAGACAGAAACUGUGGAAUGAAGUGAUGUCGUUUAUCGUGUUGUCGUGUUGUUGUUUUUUUUUUCCUUUGGGUGAGAAUUGUCUUACUUGUAGAUGUCCUCCUGUCGAUGUAUUGGACUCAUGAAUAUCGUGUCUAUGGCAGUGUUAGGACAGGUUAGCUUUAAAAUGCAUAUAACUUAUACUGCUACUGGAAAAGUGUUGCCAUUUAGUUAGAUGUCCAUUUAGCUCACCCUAUCUGUUGCAUGGGAGAAAGUGGGAGUCUUGGCAUCGAGUUGCAUGACACGUCUGAUUUAUGUGUAUUAAUCUUUGUGGAAUCUUGUGCUCCCAAACUGAGUGGAGCGACUCUAGACAGGCCGCUGUCUGUCUUGUACAAAAGAGGCAUGUGUUAUCCCUUACAUUAUAUCUAUCUAUCUAUCUAUCUAUAUUUAUACACAUGCUCUAAAUUAACUGUUUCUCUUAAGAUGUCCUUUUCUAAACAGCUAGUUAAUUGAGCAAAAAGCUCUAUUUGGAUUCUAGGUUGGAAACUAGUCUGAAAACACAUUCGGAGUUUUAGUCAGGUAAGGCAAGGGGGAAGGAGACCAUUCCCCCCUAUCUAAAUGAGUGUAAGGGCACUUCUUACCUGGAAACAGCUUCCGCUGUAAAAAGGGAAGAUGGUGAAUGACAAGAGAGGUAGAAUAGAGAUGUAGGCAAGCUUUUUGGGGUGCUACAGAAGCCCACGUAGCAUGCCCGUGCAGACACAUUUGGGAGGGGCCUAACCCCAGAGCCUUCUGGCCUCGCACCCCUACCCGCUUAGCUCACUUUGCAGGUUAGCCGGCUGGCCGACCUGCCCAGUCGUCACCCUGGAGCUCUUGGUCUCCUUUAGUUUGACUAGGAGGCACAUGAGAGAGCUCUUCAGGGCAGCCUGACAAGCUUAGACAGUUGACCUGUUCAGUCAGGCUAGAGCCUGGAGAAAGUUUGAGCUUAUCUGCAUCUGCAACACUUUUUAAACUGACCGGCGGAUGCCCAGUCCUGCUUUUGUUUUUGCCUGGGUUUAGAUGGGUUGAGGGAAGUUAGCCCACUUCCUCUCCCCACAAAACGGGAAUUUGAAGGCUGACGCUAACUGGUCCCUACUGGGCCACUGCUGUCCCCUCAGUCAGCGAAGGCUUGUUCUGAGGGUAGUUUGAGUAUAAAGGUUUGAGGGAGCCAGCCAUUCUUCUGGCUCAGUGCAAGUCUUAUAAUACAGAAUCCCCGGGCCCAGGGCUUCAAAAGAAUGCUUCCUCUGGAAGACCCUUCCCAAGGUGACAGUGCUGAAGCUAGAAUGCUGUCCUUAUUACCAAGGUUUCCAAAACUCUGACCAACACACUGUGGGCACACACACUCACACGCAGUAGUCUGCAACAGCAUACUCUUUAUCUGCUUUCAUCAUCACCAUCCCUCCAUAGUGAACUUCUUUGUGUGCAUGGUCCUGUCUUAAGCACUGUACAAAAUAUUAUAAUCAAAAAAAAAUCAAAAAACAAACAAACAAACAAAAAAUCCAUUGCUUCCCUCAAGCAGUUUCCACAUCUCUGAAGACAACACAAAUGUCCAGAAUCCGAGCUCUUUUUCAUUCACUCCUGUGGUCCACUAGUUGUGUCUGUACCAUGUGAGAAUACACUCCUCAUCACCAGUGAGACCUAGAAGGAUGCCGCAGGAUCAGAAGGGAGGAGAAUGAGGGAACAUCUGGGAAGGACAAGUGUUCUUUACUCAGUCCAGAAGAGUUUUGCGGCUGCCACCCCCUUCUCCUCCCCCCUACCACAUACACCCGCCCCUCCUCAGCCCAGGACCGUGUUGCCACCAUUUGCUUUGGUGAUUUUUCUAAGACAGAGCGUUCCCAAUUCAGACGCCUUUGACCCAAAGUUUCCAAAUCUUACCAAGCAUCCCACUUUUCAAAUAUUCAAAUGUGAAAUUGAAUUAGAGUCUCUAACCAUUCGUAGUACUCGUUAAUGGGGGUAAUAUAUAAGGGUGGCUGGACGAACUGUGAGUUCGUGGGACCUGACCAGAUCGCUACGGUCGGGUAAUCUUAGAGAGAGCAAGAAGACCUAGGGUAAAGGGUGUGAAGAAACAAGUGGUCAAAAAGCAUUUCAGUUCCCAUUUUAAAGGAAAAAAUUCCAGGCCCCCUUGCCUUCUGAGAUCCAUUGUGCUAGAUAUUGGUCAACAGAAAAUUUUUCCCACAUCCCUACCAUUCUGCUUCUGUAAUUGUAAAUUUCAUUUACAGAAACAAGUGGCUCACCGAAGAGAUGCCUGGACAUUUGCAGCCAAAACAUGUAAACAUUUUUACGAUCCACAGUUUUGUGCAUUAGUGACCAUAAUUCCAUCCACAAAGAGCAAGGUCUCAUGGUCUGUCUUGCCUAGCUUCACUCUCCUAGAAAGAAACAUCUGGCCGCCAUACUGGACUCUUGUCCAAAGCCCACAGUGUGCCCCCCACCCAAUAUAACACCCUUCGAGUUAUGGUGGGAACUCUCUGGCCCGUGCUGUAUUUAACAAGAGAUGUUUCUAGUGGCCGACUGCUCCGUGGCAUUGAUGAAGAGAAUCCCAACCCUCCUGAAGUAGUGUUUUGAUGUUAAAUAUUUCAUUAUCUAUCCCAACUGGUCUUUUUCCUUAAUGUGUUAUUGCUUUGUAGAACUUUGUUUGAAUCUGUAAAAAUAACGUGGAAAUAAUAACCUGAUUAAAUGUAUGUCUUGCUAUAUGUGGUGUUGGUUUCUUUAGGACAAAAUGAAGCAGCCCUUAUGCUGACUUCAAAGGAAUGCUUAAUGUUCUCGAUUUUUCUCGUCUCCUAUAUUCUAAUAAAGCAUCCAGAAGAGUACAUUAUAUUUAUAUUGUUCUUGAUUAUUCGACUUCUCUUUUGAGUGUAUUUUGAGGAUGUUUGUAACACCCGUGUUCUGUCGUGGUGCAGUGAGGUUCUCAACACCGUACAACCUGGACCCUAUUUUCAAUCUCUGGCAUCAAAACCAAUUCACCAAAUUCCAAUCCGAUUUCUCUUCUCGCACCCUAAUUGAAAUAGACAGAUCCUCCACACUCACCAAAUCCCCCCUCCCGCCCCCCCCCCCCCCCCCAGGGCUCAGGGGAUGCUCAAGAUCUUUGGGAAUGCCGCCAAAUGUUUGGCCGGAGGACCAGCCCAAAGGGAGUGUUGGAUGGUCAAGUAGAUGAAAAGAGCUCCCUGACCUGUGAAAAUGCCCUCUCUGUGGUAAUUCUGUACUCUAAGGUGCCCAGUGUUGGAAAAGGGCGACUGCAUGUGCCCAUGCCAUGUCUAUUUGGUAAUGUAAAUAGUCGUGUGUACUUCUUGUAAGAACUUGUUUUCAACUCUGUAAUGUUAUCAAAUACAGUAAGAAAAAAAAAUGCAUCCAGGCUAGUGAAAAGCUCAACUGUUGUUGGUUAAUGGCCUGGCCUGUUGGCUCUGAGUGUAUGACUUUCUGAUGUCUGUGUUGCACAGUGAGUAACGGCAGCCUGAAUAAAGCAUUCAUUCAAAGGCA